AUGCGCCACUUCGCCGCGCGCCGCGCCGCGGCCGCCGCCAAGGCCAUGGACGAGGAGGGCGGGUCGGACGAGGCCAUGGCGGUGCCGGCGAUGCGAGUCCUGUCGCUCAUGAGCGGGGCGCAGGCGCAGGAGAUGCGGGCGCUGGAGCGUGAGUACGAGAAGGUGCUCGACGCCAACUGCAAGGCGUACGCGCUCUACCUCAAGAGGAUCCUCGAGGCCCGCGAGCCAACGGCGGCGGUGUCGCCGUCGCCGUCGCCGUCGCCGCAGCCUCCUCCUCCGGAGCUCGUGUUCGGCGUCGGGGCCGACGAAGACAGUCGCGGCGACGAGGACGCCGCGCCGGAGAACGACGAGUCCGCUGCCAGCUCGCAGAGCGACCUACGGGACAAUCCGAUGUGGGCGGAGACGGAGGAGCAGCCGGGCGAUCUUUACCCACGGCAGCAGAGCAGCGUCAGGGGCAGGAGGAACCUCAUGAGGCCGCCGAGCCUGUACCCGCAGCGCGUGCCGCCGCACCUCAUAGUGCAGCAGCAAUCGCCGCCGGUGGGCAGAGCGAGCCCGGCGUCAAGGAUCCGAGCGGAGCACCCGCGGUCGCGGUCGCCGGGGGCGCCAUCAGACGACAGCCUGGAGGAGUCUUCCUCCGAGCUCUUUGCCGGCAAAGAGCAUUUUGCCAUUGAAAGAAAUCUCAACGCUAAUUAUCAAGGAAAAGAUCGUGGCGCCGCCACUGUCCUCCUCCAGCAGCCACGCCCACGCGCCGACGCCGGCCGGCUGUCUCCGGAGCCAGCGAGCAGCAGCUCCCCAGCGCGCGGCAACGACGACGACGCCGUCGACACGCCGGGGCCGCUGCCGACGCCCAAGGACUUCGUGUGCCCGAUCACGAGCCAGGUGUUCGACGACCCGGUGACGCUCGAGACCGGGCAGACGUACGAGCGGCGCGCCAUCCAGGAGUGGCUGGACCGGGGCAACGCCACCUGCCCCAUCACCCGCCAGCGCCUCCACGGCGCGCAGCUGCCCAAGACCAACUACGUCCUCAAGCGCCUCAUCGGCGCCUGGCGCGACCAGCAGCAGCCGCAGCGGCGGCCGUCCCCUUCCCCUUCCCGUUCCCCGCCGCCGGCCACGCCUCCUCCGGCGACAACCGGCAUGGCGGGCGACAGCCCCGCGCCGCCUCCCACCAGCGUCAGCGCGCAGGCCACCUCGUCGCCGUCCCCGGAAGCCAACACCAGCGCCAGCGCGCCGUCUCCCACCAGCGUCAUCGCGCAGGCCUCGCUCGAGAGCGCCGUGGCCGAGCUCCGCGCCGCCGUGUCCUGCCUCUGCACGUCCGAGGACCUGGCGCAGUCCGAGCGGUCGGUGCUCAAGAUCGAGCGCCUCUGGCGGGACGCCACCGCCGCCGGUAGCUCCGAUGCCGAGCCGGCCAUUCUCGCCGCGCUCGCCAGGCCCGCCGUCGUGAACGGCUUCGUGGAGAUCCUUUUCAACUCCGUCAGCGCGCAGGUGCUGCGCGUCGCCGUCUUCCUCCUCGCCGAGCUCGCAUCCCGGGACGACGCCGUCGUGCAGACGCUCACCAGGGUGGACUCCGACGUCGACUGCCUCGCCGCGCUCUUCAAGAAGGGCCUGGCGGAGGCCGCCGUGCUCAUCUGCCUGCUCACGCCCGCGCCCGAGCAGCUCGUCGAGAUGGACCUGGCGGAGGCGCUCGUCGCCACCAUCCGCCGCGGCGGUGACGAGGACCCGCUCAAGAUGUGCGUCAGCCCCAAGGCCGCCUCGGUCAUCCUCCUCAGCCAGAUCCUCGUCGAGGCCGCCGGCGCGGAGGACAGCUCCACGUCGCCGGUGCCCAGGUCCGCGCUGCUGUCCGAGAGGUUCAUUCGGAGCCUCGCCGCCAGCCUGGAGGCCGAACCGGUGGAGGAGAGACUAGCCGCCAUGCGGAUCCUCCUCAGGUGCAUCUGGGAGGACGGCCACUGCCGGAGCAGCAUCGCCGAGAAGGCGUCCCUCGGCGCCGUCCUCGACGCCUUCCACGUCGUCGGCGACGCCGACAAGAUGGACAUCGUGCGCUUCCUCUACGAGCUGCUCAAGCUGAAAAAGCGAUCGGCGGCGGAGCGUCUUCUCCGCACCAUCAAGGAGGGUAGCUCCUUCAGCAUGAUGCACACGCUGCUCGUGUACCUGCAGUCCGUGCCGCCGGAGCACAGCCCUGUCGUGGCGGGGCUGCUCCUCCAGCUUGAUCUCCUGGUGGAGCCGAGGAAGAUCAGCAUGUACCGCGAGGAAGCCGUGGACUGCCUCAUCCAGUGCCUGAAGAACACCGACUUCCCGCGGUGCCAGCUCCUUGCCGCCGAGACCAUCAUGUGCCUCCCGGGGAAGUUCUCGUCGUCGGGGAGGCCUCUCGCCCGGUCCACGCUGCUGAAGCUGGCCAGGGUCAAGGAAAGGUACCGGCAGUCGCAGGACCUGAGCUCCGCUCGCGCCGACGGCGAGGACGAAAUGGAGGAAGGGAAGGCCGCGUCUGAGUGGGAGAGAAAGGCGGCGUACGCGGUGGUGAGCCACGAGUUCGGGCUGGUGUUCGAGGCCCUCUCGGAGUGCCUCAGGACCAACAACGCGGAGCUGUUCACGACGAGCCUCGUGUGCGCCACCUGGCUCGUGUACAUGCUCUCCCUCCUCCCCGACACCGGCGUCCUAGGGGCAGCCCGGGUCUGCCUGCUCCGCCAGUUCGUCGUCAUGCUCCGCUCCGCCAAGCACGGCAGCGACAGGGUCCUCGCCAUGGUCGCGCUCAGGAGCUUCAUGAACGACCGCGAGGGGAUGCACGACAUCACGACGUACAUCAAGGACGUGCUCAAGACGCUGAGGGAGCUGAAGAAGUCGUCCGGCCUCGCGUUCGAGAUGCUCAAGCUGCUAUCAGACGGCCAGGAAUCCAGCUCUGACAUGUGGAGCCACAAGGAGAUCAACCAGGUAGACUGCAGCGCAAACGGCGAGGUGACGUCGGUCGUUUACCUCAAGAACUACAUCUUCUCCGGCCACUCUGACGGCACCCUCAAGGUAUGGGAAGGGAGCGAAAGCAUCCUUCGUCUUGUCCACGAGGCUCAGGAGCACGCGAAGGCCAUCACCAGCUUGUCAGUCCUGCACUCGGAGGAGAAGCUCUACAGCGGCUCACUGGACAGAAGUAUAAGGGUGUGGCAGUUCCGGGACGGCGUGCUCCGGUGCGUGGAGGUCCAUGACACGAGAGACCCCGUGCAGAGCCUUGCCGUCGCCAGCGCCGUGGCCUGCUUCGUGCCGCAAGGCGCAGGCGUGAAGGUGCUGAGCUGGAACAGUGGCAACUCCAAGCUCCUGAACCCCAACAAGUACGUGAGGUCCAUGGCGCUGGUGCAAGGCAAGCUCUUCUGCGGCUGCAACGACGGCAGCAUUCAGGAGAUCGAUCUGGCGAGCGGCACGUUGGGCGUGAUCCAGUCCGGCAGCAAGAGGAUCCUGGGCAAGGCGAGCCCGGUCUACGCCUUGCAGGUCCACGACGGGCUGCUCUACACCGGAAGCACGCCGUCGUCGUCGUCCGUGGACGGCGGCGGCACGUCCGUCAAGGUGUGGAGCUGCGCCAACUACGGCCUCGUCGGCUCCAUGGCGACGGCGGCGGAGGCGCGGUCGCUGGUCGUCAGCGCCGACCUCGUCUACGUCGCCUCCAGGACCGCCGCCGUGGAGAUCUGGUCCAGGGAGAAGCUCGCCAGGAUCGGCACGCUGCAGGCGGGAGGGCCCGGGUGCCGCGUCCAGUGCAUGGCCGUCGACGCCGACGGUGACGUCCUCGUCGUCGGGACGUCGGACGGCAGGAUUCAGGCGUGGGGAUUGACUUGA